AUGUCUUUCAACCCUCGCUCCAAUGUUUCUCAGCCAGUCAUUAUCACAGUGUCUCGCUGUGGUAUGAUCUACAUGGAGCCUCAUAUGCUGGGCUGGCGGCCCCUUAUGCUGUCCUGGUUCAAUACCCUGCCCGCCACAGUCAAUGCAGCGCACAAAGAGCUCAUCACUGGCCUUUUCGACCGCAUACUGCCAGCCUGCCUUCUGCUCAUUCGAAAGGCCACCAAGGAGCUGUCCCCGACCUCUGACACCAAUCUAGUGAAGUCCCUGAUGAAUCUGAUGGAUUGUAUGAUGGAUGAGUUCCAUGAUGAAGCAAAGAUGAAAAGCAUGCAUGAAAACGAUGUUUGA